AUGUCAAAUCGCCAACAGAUUGACUCCGUCAUCGAUGAUGACGACGAGUUCUGCCCCCUUUGCAUCGAAGAAUUCGAUCUUUCGGAUAAGAAUUUCAAGCCUUGCCCCUGUGGGUAUCAGGUACGCAUCCUUCUCGCCUUGUACCCCCUCCCGAAUCAACGGCCCGAUCAGGAGAUCGCUCGCGUCAUUUGUCAAUUCUGCUACAACAACAUCAAAACCCACAGCGAAGAAGGCCGGUGCCCCAACUGCCGACGGGUCUACGAUGAGAGCACCAUACAAUACAAGGUUCCCGAUGCCGACGAAUUCAAAGCCGAUUUGGCCUUGAAACACCGCAAGGCUGCUGCCGCGAAGAAGAAGGAGGCCGAGAAACGUGAAAUCGAGGCUUCCAGUCGCAAGAAUCUUGCCGGUGUCCGCGUCGUGCAGAAGAACCUGGUUUACGUGAUCGGUCUCAACCCCACGAUACGUGACGAGAAUCAACUCCUCCUGACUUUGCGCGGUCGAGACUACUUCGGUCAAUACGGUGACAUCGAAAAGAUCGUCGUGAGCAAGGCAAAGCCUGGUGGCAACCCGAACCAGGGCAUUGGUGUCUACGUCACGUACGCAAGGAAGGCCGACGCAGCCACUUGCAUAGCAGCUGUGGAUGGGUCAGCCAACGGUGACCGGGUGCUACGUGCCCAAUAUGGUACGACCAAGUAUUGUUCUUCCUUCCUGCGUAACGAGCAAUGUCAUAAUCGAAACUGCACCUUCCUGCAUGAGACUGGUGAGGACAGCGACAGUUACAGCCGGCAGGAUCUCUCUUCGAUGAACACCUUGUCGAGUCAGCGUAUCAACGGUGCCCCCAGCGGUCCCACCCACUCGAUCCCUCCGCACGUUGCCCGGUCCUCCGCUCAACCGAUUUCGCAACCUAUGCGCCGUCAGCCUAGUAGGGAUGACGCUGCUGGUAGCCGGCCACCUGAUGGGUCUGCCCUGCCAUCGUCGGCAAGUUGGGCGAACAAGGACGCCGUGCUCAGCAGGACGAGACGAGCAAGUUUGACCGGCAGCCAAGCCUCGCAAAGUCCCCGACCCGCCAUCGCCACGGUGUCGCCCGCAGUGGAGGAGGCGAAACGCGUGGAGAAGCAGUCUACAAAUGCGCAGGAGCGUGCUCAGGCUCAGGCUCAGGUACAGGCACAAGCGCAGGCACAGGCACAGGCACAGGCACAGGCACAGGCACAGGCACAGGCACAGGCACAGGCACAGGCACAGGCGCAGGCCCAUGCUCAAGCUCAAGCCCAGGCUCAAGCUCAGGCACAGGUGCAGGCGCAACCGUCCCCCUCUUCUGAAGCACGAUCCUCGCCGUCCAGUUCCCCCCCGACUGUCCAGACGCCACCUAAGCCGGAGACGCCUUUGUUGGAUAACUUGGUCAAGGCUGUCAACUCCCCAGACUUCAAAUUCAUUUUCUCGGCGGCUGGUCUGCCUGCGGAGGAGGUUGCCCUUAUUGAGAACCACCCUUCGUUCAUCGAUCCCUAUGGUGGUGUGAAACGCCGAGCUAUGCGUGAGAAGGCGGAGCAGGAACGUGUCCGGCGGGAGCAGGAGCUACUGCAGUCUGCUGCUGCGGAAGAAGAGAGCCGUGAGAGCGGAAGCCUGCAGCUCGGUGGCGAGCCGGAUGACGCAGUGCCUCCGAGAGGCCGUAGUGGUCGCGAAUCUCAUGGUGCUAUUCAACCUCCCUCCCAGCAGGGCACGACGACAAACUCCGUGGUUGGCUCCCCCGUCUCGGCAACCAGUCACCAGUUCCAGCAACUUAACCUGGCAGGCCGUAGCUUGACCCCUCUGCAGCAACAGCAGUUGCUUCUCCUGAAGUCUGCCGGCAACCAACAGGCUGGCCUGGUUGAUCAGCUGCAGGGUGGACUCAACUCCGCUGUUCUUGACCAAGCAGCCCAGGUCCGUCAGGGUCUACUCCAAAGCCAGAUGGCACAGUUCAAUGCUCUGCAGGCCCAAAGUCGCCAGAACUCUCGUUUCACCUUCGCCAAUGAGGCCAAUGCCAAGAACAUGCCUAAUGUGCGCAUGUUGAGCCAAAUGCAGGCUGGUACUCCUAACCCGCUCGCAGCCCCUAGUCCUCAGCAUAGUCUUGCUGGCAACUACUUCACUAGUGGCGUGCAGGGUCCACCCCCCGGGUUGAAGACGGCGGGUACUCCGCCUAUCAGCGGCGGCGGCAUGUUCGCACAGGGUCACGGUUUCACAACGAAUGCCAAUGUCGGUUUGGGAUCCAACCUCGGAAAGCAAGAAGCCAAUCCAGAGUUGAUGCGUGAGCUGCUGAGAGGCCGCAGUAGCGCAAAUGCCGGUGGUUUGCAGGGUCAAGAGGCCGCUAAGCGUGAGUUCAUGUUUCCUUUCCUCCAACAGCACCAAACUCCCCCUCCCCUGACUCCCGGCAAUGGCCUUCUCAGCUCUUUCUAUGGUGCUCAGGCGGGAAAUUAUUCCGAGUCUGGUCCACAGAAGCAGAAGAAGAAGGGGAAGAAGCACAGACACGCUAACACUUCCUCCGGUGGAGGCGGUGUAGUAGAUCUUGCGGACCCGAGCAUCCUACAGGCGAGGAUGCACCAGGUUGGUGCGAAUGCUGCCGCCGCCGCUGCUGCUGGGCAGGCGUUGUACGGGAGUCAGGGUCAAGUGGACGAAGAAUUCCCUCCUCUUGGAGCUCAGCCAAAGGACAAGCGUCCAGUUGACAGCUUUGGCUAUCUCGUGCGCUCGCAUUUCUCCAGUGACUCGCAAAGCUCGGCCCGUGCUGGAACCCCUACCCUGCCUCCGGGACUUCCUCUACCACACGCUCAUCCCGCAUCUGCCUUGUUUCAAAGUCCGCUCAAUCCAUCCAGUCCAGUCUCGUCGCCAUCUGUGCCGCCAGGUCUUAAUCCGCCUUUCCAUAGGCUAGGCACGCCGGGCCAAGGACUACAGGAAGGCUCUCGCCAGGCCUCUCCGGACUUGAAGGACACUCCUGACAAUGCCCCUACCUCAAGUCGCGUCAAGAAUGCGUCCGAAAUAUCACUCGGUUCUCCUGUGCCAAAGUCAGCCAACAAGGCUCGCGCCCAGCAGAAAGGAGAUUUGAUGGUCGCUGCUGACAAGAAAGCUGGCCCUUCGAAGGCUGGAGACAACAAUGAGAAAACCUCGGCGCCUACGGGCAAAGUUAAGCCCAUAAAGCUGGAGCUUCCCUUGGGUACUUCUCAGUCUCAUGAUGUUCCAAAGCCCGAUACACCAAGUCAAUCCCAUGCUCAUGGCCCGGUGCCCACUUCGACGAUUGGUUCCCGUCCGAAUACACCUUUGACUGGGGUCUCCCGUGUUUCCGAUUCGUCCGCUCCCCGCCAACCUCGAGUUCUCCGUGUGGUUGACACGCCGAAGACUGAGACUCCGCCGCCCCAUCUGCCACCCAGUCUGCCCGAUACGCCCGGCGACCUGGGUUCGGAAGCCGAUCUUUACACUUCGGCAUCCGUGUCCCGUGCUAACUCUCCUCCCGCUUCAUCCAGAAUUGGCUCUGCACCUGUCCGGGCGAUGACCAAGAGCCAGGCUAAGAAGGAACGGCGACAGAAGGCCAAGGAAAUGGAAGCCAAGAAACAAGAGGCCACUGCCGUCGUUGAGGAACCAGUGCAGGCCCCGAUCAUCGGUCGAAAGCGCAAGACCAAGAAGACUCCUGUUAGCUCGAACGACUCGCCAGCUACAGCUCCGGAUAAUACUGAGACUGGAAAGUCUGCCAACUCCGCAGGCUCCGAUAGCAAUGAGAAGACUAGCCAGCGGACAGAAGCGGCCAAGAAGAACAAAUCGAAUGAGAAGGCUACGAAGGACUCCAAGGCAACUGUUACCGAGGAGAAGGUUACUGUUGAACAGAAGGCACCUGCUGAAGCAUGGCGUUCUAAGAACACGGUCGAGCAGCUGAUGAAGGACGCCGAAUCCAGCGGGGUCCCGGUCAAGGAGCUCUUCGCGGAACGCACGUCUCCGCUGCAGGUACUUCUUGCUCAGCUUCACAAGUCUGCUGAAUUAGAUCUGAACAAUCAUCCCCUUUUCAACCCAGCCAACCUAAGCCAGCGCUUCGACAUGAAGUGCACAGCGGAUGAUUACGACAUUCUCAAACAGCCUAUCGAGUUGACCGACGAGCAUCGCAAAGCAUUGAUGCGCGGAGAAGCCAUCCGUGUUAACUCGGACUCGAAUAUGCUGAAAGACCGAUGCUUGAUCAGUCCCCGUGGGUGCGUCCUACACCAUCUGUCGCCAGAGGAAGAAGAGCGGUACCUCGCGCUUGAGAAGAACAUUGCCUGGGCAAUUGAUACCUUCCAGGAGUACUCGAACGUGCCAAUCACGGAACCAGAUGUGACCAACCGCGGUGGUGGCUUGGACGCACUGUUUGCUACCCCUGAGAACUUCAACAUCUGCUGGGUCGACGAGACCUCGGCUGGCCUCACCUCUGGCUCUCCCACUGCCGGGAUGUCCCUCUCUGACGCGAGUGGAUCCACUAUUCCCGCACCUCCCAACGUUUUGUCGGCCAUGGAGGCGGACAGCACUCGCAGCCAUAACUGGGCCAUUGCCAACACCGCCGAGCUGGUCAAUGCCACUGCCACCUCUGUGCGAUCCUUCGCUGCCGCUACUGCCAAGCACAUGCUCGGUGCCGCGGGGGUGGUCAUGGGCAACAUCCCAGACUUGGACGAUGUGGUUGGAAUGACCAAUGAGGAGCUGCGUUCGUUUGCUGUCAAGUCGCAGAAGGACCUCGAAUCGUCUCGCAAGGAGCUAGACACGAUCGACAAGAAGCUCAACGCCCUAGUGAAGCGGAACCGCAAACUUGCACAGCAGGCUCUUGCGACUACCGUUGACGCGUGA